UCUUUGAACGAUUGGAAUUCUUUUUGUCCUGGGACUAUAAAAACCCACAGCUCCUUGGUGAACACACCAUCAGAUCCAAGAACCCCAGGACGUAAGGCAAGUCUCACCCAAUCUGCAACCAUGAAGUUCUCCCUCAUUGCCGUCCUUCUUGUUGCUUUGGCCAUUGGCUCCGAGUCAGUAUCAGAGACUCCUGCUGAGCUUGAGAAGAUCUCCAAGUACUUCCAGGACCUCGUGGACAAUCUUAAAAAUGUUGAGGCCCCUGAGCUGGCCAACAAGGCCAAGGCUUACUUUGAGGAGAGCAAAGCCCAGUUCCAGCCCAUGGUUGAGAAGCUCCAGGAGCAGCUGAAGCCCCUCUCCAGCAACAUUGAAGACCAAAUCAAGCCUCUAGCUGCCUCUGUCCAGGCCCAGUUUGCCCCCUUGGCCGAUAUAGUCCAGACCCACAUUGAAGACAUGCUUAAGUUUGUGUCUGAGAAGUCCAAAACCAUCCUGCCCCCUCAGUAAACCUACAGGAAGAACCAUUCUUUAGUUCCCUUUCCAUUUUCACUUUAUUUGUAUGUUUGAUUAAUAAAAGGGAUUGAAAGGUUA